GUCUACUGCCAUCUUUGUGGAGUAAGCUUCAACAUUGCCCGGCGCCGGAAACCAGGAGAGCCAGAUCUGGCCAGCUGGGACUACACCGGCCGACAAUGCGAUGAGCCGGGUCUUGACGAGCUAGAGCUGGAGGAUUGUGCAAAGAACGGCUGUUGCGCAGCUGUCAGACAUCCGAAAGACAGUGAUGACACCACUCAGGAUCCCGACUAUAUCCCACAGGAAGAAAGCAGUGACAUUGAGCCAUAUGAAUAUGACUCCGACUACGAAUCCACCGAGGCUAUGAGUCUCGACGGAGAACAGGAUGUAUCGGAUGAAGAGCAGAGUAUGGAAAGUGAUGAUGAGUACUACAACUGGCUCUCGAGAAGCGUUGAUACGCAUACGACAUUCCGCGGAGAACCUGUCGGGAAAUUUGCUUAUACAAAUACGAAUCCCAGAAAUGAUCUUCUCAUCCCAAUUACAUCAGACGAACUGCCAGAGGGAUACGACCUUGAAGAACUGGAACAUAUCCCCGGGCCAACCUGCGCAGAAGCGAACGCGUAUUCGGGAUAUGUGAUCUCGCUUGAGGAGAUGAGAGGGUGUCGCACUGCCCAGUUUCUGGUGCAUAAAGACGCUGCUGUGGGAGGUUGGACACCAGAUGGACUAAAUGAGCCCUGGGAGAUUUCUGAGGAUUGGUUCCUUUCUGGGGUAUGUGAUGGAAUGACCUCGCGUGAUAUGGGCGGAGGCAAGGUGUGGCCUGCGCGAGGUGGAGUUGAUCAACCCCGAUCGGACAAUGUCAAUUUCGAUCCAGAAUGGACACCUUCAAAUGAUCUAGCAAUGCCGUUUCAUCCGUGGUGCUUUGAUAUCUUCUGUCGACAAUCCAAAUCUCGGUUCAAGCAUGUUAAUGUCUCAGGUCUUAUGAAAUGGCGCAACGCCGAGUUUGACUGGGAUGGCUUUCAAGAAUUUCCCCGAACUGGAGAUGUCUUCGGGGGCCAGGAACAAUUUUGGCGACACGAACCUAAGUCUGAGUAUCUAGCUGCCAACCCACUUUCUAUCCCGAACCUUCCAACCCUCCUUCUGGCUGCAGUCAAACCUGAGGACGUCAAUGAGGACGUCAAUGAGGACGAUGGUCACGCAUCGCAUCGCGAGAAUUCUGAAUUGUUCCAAUUUAGGAAGAAUAAGUGCGCUCCGUCAACUGGUGGGACAGAUGUUCUGGCGUCAUUGCCAUUGGAGAUUCGCCUUCUUAUACUUGGCUUUCUAGACCCUGUUGAUAUUGCAAGAUCACGGACUGCCUCAAGAGCAUUUACGCAACUUCCCAACAGCUUUUGGUAUCGACAGGUGCGCAAAGAAAUGCCCUGGUUAUGGGAAGCUUGUGAUGAAACCGAUCCUUUGCAUAUUCCUUCUCCUUGGACAAAGUUGAGCGCAAAUGAGGUCGCGUUUUUGAAUGAGUCACGAGAGCACUACUCCCGUGUUUUGAGGGAUGAAGAAAUGUCGUCCGAUAACAUCGUUGACCACCUACUUCCCUUACCAAGUGCUGUACCGGAUCAGGUGAAUUUGCCUAGGGAAAGCACAGAUUGGCAUCAAGUUUAUACGCAGAUCAAGUAUAAUUGGGAUGGUCUCAAGGGAUUACGCAAUCGGCAACGAAUUUGGGAAGAUAUAGAGGAGGUCUUCCGUCGUAUUGAGAAGUAUGAUUCAUGA